AUGAUUACUCACUUUCUUCGAUUUAUAAGUCCCUCCUUAAGUAUCAUGAUUUGCGGCCACUUCAGUCGAGAGGAACUUGAUGCCGCAUCCCUGGCUAAUACGGUAAUCAACGUACUUGGCCUUAGCAUAGAUAUGGGAUUUUCAACUGCUUCAGACACUCUCUUUAGUCAGACAUAUGGAAGUUCUAAGAGAAAAUUGAUGGGAAUCAUUCUGCAGCGGGCUUUGCUGAUCAUGACGCUGAUUUUCCUUACCUUGGCUUGCGUUCACGUCAAUAUCGAGGGCUUAUUGCUGAUGGCUGGACAGGAUUCUCUGAUUUCAUCAUUAGCUGCUGAAUAUGUUCUGGCUUUUCUUCCUGGACUUUACUGUGACUACCUUUUCAUGACACUGUCUCGCUACUUGACGAGUCAAAAUCGUGUCCAGCCCAUGGUAAUAGCUGCCUGUUCAGGGACCAUCUUCACUCUUUUGUCUCAAUCUCUUGUCUUCAAACUGGACCUUGGACUCAGGGCUUCUGCAAGCUUCCUCUCGAUGUCGUUUGCAGUAAUGCUUCUAUGUGAAGUUUUAUACAUCUUCAUCUAUCGCAUAUAUGCUGAAACCUGGGAUGGUAAGUCAAUGGUUACUUUUAUGGUCUCGGGUUUAAUUUUCUACCUUUUAACUCCGGUGUGUCCGUUUCUUUCUGUCAUUUUAGGCUGGGAUUUCGUGGGUGCACUAUCCGAAUGGGGGAUAUUUUUUAGGCUCGGAAUUCCAGGGAUUUUAAUGAUCGCAUUUGAAGAAUGGUGUCUUGAAUUGAGCACCUUUAUAGCAGGUAGGCUUUUCAGUGAUCAGUCUCGCUCUACGGCUUCUAGCACUUUCAUUAACGCUAAAAUUUGCACAAUGAGCGACGCAAUUUUAGGCGCACAGACAAUUGUUUUCCAAAUUCAGUCGAUUAUUUACAUGGUCCCACUGGGCAUUUGUACCGCCGUGAAUGUAAGAGUUGGUCAGGGCUUGGGUGCUUUUGAUCCACGGAAAGCCAAACACACGUACAGGACAGCUCUCCUCUCAAUCUUUGGAUUCGUCUUCUUAACCGCGGCGCCUGUUGUUCUUUUGCGUCACAAAAUCCCGUACCUCUUUACAACAGAUAAAGAAGUUAUCGACGAGGCCGUCAAGCUGUUUCCAGUGCUUCUCAUCUUCCAGUUCUGCGAGGGUUUAGGUGGCGUUUCUGAGGCUGUUUUGUUGGCAUGUGGACGACAGGUUUUGGGCGCAAUUACUAUAUUCGUCGGCUACUACCUAAUCGGUCUUCCUUUGGGCCUCCUUCUUACCUACAAGUUCCAGUUUGGCAUCAUUGGCAUGUGGAUUGGUUUGGCUACUGGUUUUUUCUUGACGGACUGCAUCUACACCUUCGUUGCCAUUAGAACCGACUGGAUGGAAGAAUCUAGAAGGUUUUUCUUCAAUACUCAGGCACUGCGCAAUGUUCGUCAAAACUCCAAUAGUAUUUCCGUCAGAUCUAGAACGCACACAGCAUUACUUGCAGUUGAUGGCAGUCGGAACAGGUAUCCAACAAUUAAGAUGGACACGAUGUUGGACGAAAAGCAACCCCAACCGACUGCUAUUCGAUCAAAUUCCAGGCAAAUUUUCUUACGCAUCACCAUUUCCGCGGUAGUUCUCGUCUUCUUUCUUUGCAAUCUAUGGUACCGUUUGUUUCAUACCACACCCUACUGGGUGCGUGUGUGUCGUGACCCGGCAGCUUCGAAACCAAAGGGCAAAUUUUGUAACAUGCUCUCCCUGCCUUCUCGUUUGCUACAGUAA